UUAUAAUUAAAAAUUCAAAUAUCAAAUGGAACAAAGUCAUCAGAAGAGCUUAAGGACAAAACCAUCCUAUCUAACGAACCAUAGUAUGCGUACAGAAAAUGGGCCCAAUAAAAACACAAUACCGCCCCUCUAUCCGUUUAAGAAGCCUAAUUUCAAUUUUAAUCAGGGAGAUGAAAUGCAUAAGAGAUCAAGAGGGCAGGCAAUAAGGGAUGCUGCAAAGAGAACUGUAUUUGGACAAAAGUCGACUCUUAAGAGGUUCAAUUCCUCUAAUGGCAUUCGCCUGCAUGAGCAAAGUACCAGAGAUGCUGAGGAGGAAGAGGAGACCAAAUACCCUAUUCCACCCAGAGGGCCUAUUGACCUAUCUGAAGCAAGGUUUACAGGCAGCUUUCUUAACCUUGCAGCACAAGUCACCAUUUCCCCUAAUCGAGAGAUUGUUAUUAAAGGCAAAGAUGAUGCUGAUGUCGAGAAUGAUGAGACCAAAGCUGUCAACAACAUUUCAAAUAAGUAAUAAGUUGAUCUUCAGACCUUACUGUGGAGAAAUGACUGAACGGCCAGAACUUAUGAAGAAGAAUGGCUAUUACUUCAGAUUCCAAAAUGCUGAUGUUAGGAUAGUAAGAUACACACUUGAAGACAACGGUUUCAGAGAGAACGCCAAUCCUCGCAAUAAUGACUGGCUUAUUAUGUGGUCUAACUCUGGAUAUAAAUCAGAUAUAUACCAAUCAAUGAAUAAGUUUCAGAAGGUUAAUCAUUUCCCAAGAUCAUCUGAGCUCACUAGGAAAGAUAGCAUGUACUCAAGGAUGGCAAGGAUGCAAGCCAUGUACGGGGAAAAACACUUUAAUUUUGUCCCCAAAACUUAUAUUUUGCCUAAGGAAUACUCCUCAUUAGUGGAUUGAAUGGAGAAAGAUCAUAAUCAGACGUGGAUAGUGAAACCCUCUGCUUCAUCGCAAGGUAGAGGAAUCUUCAUUACUGACAAUAUUGAAGAAAUUAAUCCGAAAUCUCCCCAAGUGGUAUGCCAAUAUAUAGAUAACCCCUUCCUAUUUGAUGGCUAUAAGUUUGAUUUAAGAGUGUAUGUGGCUAUCACUUCGAUUUCGCCUCUAAGAAUAUACAUGUACAGGGAAGGACUUGCAAGACUGGCAACUAUAUUGUACAACUCUAUUCCAGAGAACAGUAAGACUACAAAGUGAACUCACCUUACUAAUUACUCGAUCAACAAGCAUAACCCUAAUUUUAAUGUCAAUGAUGGAGAAGGUGUUGAGAAUGCUUCUAAGAGAAGCUUUAAAGAUACUAAUAAGUACUUGCUCGAGAACGGAGUCGAUAUUGACCUUCUCUGGAGAAAAAUCGAAGAUAUCGUCAUCAAGACUAUGCUCAGCGUCGAGCCAUUGAUUCAUAACGGUAUGGAAAUGUACGUUCCUUCUCCAAAUAAUUGAUUUGAGUGUCUUGGUUUUGAUAUCCUUAUUGAUGAAAAGCAUGAACCUUGGUUAAUAGAGGUGAAUCUUUCUCCUUCACUGGGCUGUGAUUCUCCCUUUGAUCACAAGAUCAAGUCUAACUUGGUUUCUGAUUUGUUCACAAUGAUUGGAGUCCCUCCAAUAGGUCAUAAAAUCCUCCAAGCUAGCAAGAAGAGGAAAGGAAGGUUUAACUCCUUAGCUCCUCACAACAGAGGGCUGGGAAAUCACAAGAAAGGGUUCUUAAAAUAACAACUUUAUCAGUAAAAAAAAGAGGAGAGAGUACUUUGACCUCUCUCACAACAGGAAUGACAAUAUGAGCAGAGUGCAGUUUAAUGACACUACAGACUAUACUCGGGAAGAGAAAAAGGCAAUUAAAGAUACAGAAGAUGAGAUCACCCGUUCCGGAGGCUGGAAACUCAUCUUCCCUAAUGAAAACAUGCUCUACUAUGAGCAGUUCUUCGAGGAGAAGAGGAAAAUUAACGAAGUUGUAGCUAAGAGACUCUUUGGGCUAGCAUCUAAGAGUCAUCCAGCUAGAUUACAAAGAAUGAGAAAGGCUGGAGACUUUAUAUUCAAAUCAAAGCUAUCCAAGAAGGAUUCUGAUGGUACCUCUUAUUCAAAAUUAACAUAAAUCAAUAAUUCAAUUA